AUGGACACUUCAUCCAAAGAAAAUAUCCAGUUAUUCUGCAAAAGUUCAAUGCAAACUGUUGGGCGAUCUUCCUUUAAAACAGAAUAUUCUUCCUCAAAGGAGAAACAACGAUGCUGUGGUAAACUGAAGGUAUUUUUGGGUGCCUUGUCUUUCGUCUACUUUGCCAAAGCAUUGGCAGAAGGCUAUCUGAAGAGCACCAUCACUCAGAUAGAGAGAAGGUUUGAUAUCCCUUCUUCAAUGGUGGGAGUUAUUGAUGGUAGUUUUGAAAUUGGGAAUCUCUUAGUUAUAAUGUUUGUAAGCUACUUUGGAGCCAAACUUCACAGGCCAAAAAUAAUCGGAACAGGGUGCCUAAUCAUGGGAGUUGGAACAAUGCUCAUUGCAAUGCCUCAGUUCUUCAUGCAGCAGUACAGAUAUGAAAAGUAUUCUCCUUUCUCUAAUUCCACUCUCAGCCUCUCUCCAUGUCUCUUGGAGUCAGACAGUCAAUUACCUCUCUCGGUUAUAGAAAAAUCACAAUCCAAAAGAAAUGAUGAAUGUGAAAUGGAUGCCGGCUCUUCCAUGUGGGUUUAUGUUUUCCUGGGGAACCUUCUUCGUGGAAUUGGGGAAACUCCUAUUCAGCCUCUAGGCAUUGCCUACCUUGAUGAUUUUGCCAGUGAAGACAAUUCUGCUUUCUAUAUUGGGUGUGUGCAGACGGUUGCAAUUAUAGGACCGAUCUUUGGCUUCCUGCUAGGCUCAUUAUGUGCCAAACUGUAUGUUGACAUUGGCUUUGUAAACCUAGAUCAUGUAACCAUUACUCCAAAGGAUCCGCAGUGGGUAGGAGCCUGGUGGCUGGGUUACCUAAUAGCAGGAAUUGUAAGUCUUCUUGCAGCUCUGCCUUUCUGGUGUUUACCAAAGAGUCUGCCGAGACCCCGAAGUAGAGAGGAUUCCAAUUCCUCCUCUGAAAAAUCCAAGUUUAUUAUGGAUGAUCAUACAGAAUACCAAACACCUCUUGGAGAAAAGUCAAAAAUAAUGGAAAUGGCAAGAGAUUUUCUUCCAUCGCUGAAGAAUCUCUUUGGAAAUCCACUGUACUUGUUAUAUUUGUGUGCCAGCACUGUUCAGUUCAAUUCUUUGUUUGGAAUGGUGACCUAUAAACCCAAGUACAUUGAGCAGCAGUAUGGGCAGUCAUCCUCUAAGGCCAACUUUGUUAUCGGGCUCAUCAACAUACCUGCAGUGGCCUUUGGAAUAUUCUCUGGGGGGAUAGUUAUGAAAAAAUUCAGAAUCAAUGUGUAUGGAGCUGCGAAACUCUACUUGGGAUCAUCUGUUCUUGGGUACCUCCUGUUCCUUUCCCUGUUUGCACUGGGCUGUGAAAAUUCUGAUGUGGCAGGACUAACUGUCUCCUAUCAAGGAACCAAACCUGUCUCUUAUCAUGAACGAGCUCUCUUUUCAGAUUGCAACUCAAGAUGCAAAUGUUCAGAGACAAAAUGGGAACCUGUGUGUGGUGAAAAUGGAAUCACAUACGCAUCGGCAUGUCUUGCUGGUUGUCAAACCUCCACCAGCAGUGGAAAAACUCUUAUAUUUUAUAACUGUACCUGUGUGGGGAUUGCAGCCUCAAAGUCAGGAAAUUCCUCAGGCAUGGUGGGCAGGUGUCAGAAAGAUAAUGGAUGUCCCAAAAUGUUUCUGUAUUUCCUUGUCAUUUCAGUCAUCACAUCCUAUACUUUAUCUCUAGGCGGCAUACCUGGAUACAUACUGCUUCUGAGGUGCAUUAAGCCACAAUUUAAGUCUUUUGCCCUGGGUAUCUACACCUUAGCAAUAAGAGUUCUUGCAGGAAUCCCAGCUCCUGUGUAUUUUGGAAUUUUGAUUGACACUUCAUGCCUCAAAUGGGGAUUUAAAAGGUGUGGACGUAGAGGCUCCUGCAGAUUAUAUGAUUCAAAUGCUUUCAGACACAUAUAUCUGGGACUAACUGUGAUGCUGGGCACAGUGUCCAUUUUCCUAAGUAUUGCAGUACUUUUCACUUUAAAGAAAAAUUGUGUUUCAAAACAUAGAAGCUUCAGAACCAAGACAGAAGGAACAAUGGUGUCUACAAGAAUCAGGAAGGAAAAUUGUACUACAAGUGAUCAUUUGCUACAACCCAACUACUGGCCAGGCAAGGAAACACAGCUUUAG